GAAGGGACGAGGCCACUGUUGUGCCAAGGGUUCUACCGUGGCAGUGAGGAAACAAGCCGAGAUCCUGAGCUCGAGGUCAAGACAUGAGAAUGAAUACUUCAAGAAACCAUGGCCCGUUUUACCGUCUGAAGGUUGUCACGUAGUGUGGCGUGCUCUCUAAGUGCGGGCUUUUUCUUCGCGCUUAUGCCUCACCAUGAACACGUGACGGUCAACGGAAAGGAACUCUACCUGCCAUUGGAAGCACUUCGCAACACUCUUCGCUUGUUUUCACCCUCUGCAGCACUCGUACGAUCGUUACACACCUUGAAUAACCGACGUACCUUCUCCAUCCACUGAACAAGUCGCCUUCUGUCUUGACACUCUACGAACCGGCGUGAAAUUCGGUAACAGCUGUUUCGUUUGCAAGAAUCUGACCUUGCAGGCCUUAUCCGUCCCGUUGCCUUUCUCCACGACCACAAGCAUCAUCGGCAUAUUUUCACGUUCAUAUCACCAAUCGCGCUCUUUUCCUUCCUAAGUAAACGCAAGCUCCACACUUAUGCAAGAUAUUCACACCACCGGAAACGAUCACGUCACCUGACGCUGUUUUAGAAGCCCGCCGCACUGCCCCUACUACGUACGUACGUUUAUUCGUCAAGAUGUCGUGCAAGUAUCACGAAUACUGUCAUUUCACCAGUGAGUAAAGGCAAGAUCGUUCACGGACACGCCUUCUUUGUCGGCUCACCCAGCGGACAGGCUUCGAUGCCCGCGAACAGUUUGCCCCUCAGCUCGCUUAAUGGUACACUUCCCUUCAUUCAAGACGCGAACGCUAGUCUUUCACCAGGCUGCACCAGGCCCUCUGCUCCUCUUCAUUCAAGCCUUUGAAUGAACAGUAGAAUUCAAGUCCAAGUGACCUACUUACACCCAAUAUGCCUUCAAGACUCUCUCAAUGGAGACCACAAAAAGCGAUUAGCCAGGCUUCGACUUCGCAUCUUAUCUGAUCAGAAGGGGACUUCGGCCAAGACAUCUAUCGGCUCACGCAUUCUUUUGUGUUCUUAUUAUUCACCUGUUUACGUUGUUCUGGGGAAGCCUUCGGAAAGUGUGACGACACUCAGUGCAGAACAGCUUGACGAGGGGCUUGCGGGCUACGGCCCCGUGAACAUGACCUGAAGGAGACGGGGAUACACAUUCGCGCCCCCCGACCCAGCCAGCCCUCCCUUGGCGGUGCGCGCUCGGCCGACACGUGACCUGGCGGAGCCAUGCCUGCGCGAAAGGGCUUGCUCGCACCCCAGAACACUUUCCUGGACACCAUCGCGACCAGGUUUGAUGGAACUCACAGCAACUUCGUGCUGGGCAAUGCACAGGUGCCGGCGCUGUUCCCCAUCGUGUACUGCUCAGACGGUUUCUGCGAGCUGACGGGCUACCCGCGGGCGCAGAUCAUGCAGAAGGGAUGCGCCUGCGCCUUCCUCUACGGGCCCGAGACCAAGGAGGAAGCGAUACGCGAGAUAGACGACGCCCUCGAGAACAAGACCGAGCUCAAGCUCGAGGUCAUCUUCUACAAGAAGAAUGGAAGCCCGUUCUGGUGCCUGCUGGACAUCGUGCCCAUCAAGAACGAGAAGCACGAAGUGGUCCUCUUCCUGGCAUCGCACAAGGACAUCACCAAGUCCAAGAUGGCCGAGAUCGAGACGGACGACGCGGACGAGACGGCCGAGCUCGAUGCAAAUGGCAACGUGGAUCUGGAGGGCUGCGUGCAGAGCAACAACUACCAGAGGCGACGAAGUCGGGCGGUCCUCUACCAACUCUCUGGUCACUACCGCCACGAGAAGAAAAUGUCCAAGCUCAAGCUCAACAACAACCUGUUGCACUCGACGGCGCUGCCCGAAUACAAGACGGCGGCCAUCAAGAAGUCCCGCUUCAUCCUCUCCCACUACGGCGCCUUCAAGACCUGCUGGGAUUGGCUCAUCCUAGUCGCCACGGUCUACGUCGCCGUCGUCGUGCCUUACAGUGCCUGCUUCGGCGAGAUGCAGAGCCACACCGUGCAGCAGCAGCAGCGGCGGAUGGCUCUGAUGGCGGCGGGCCUGAACGAGAGCUCGCUGCUCGAGCUGGUCGCCAGCUUAAACGGCAGCACAGGGGCGGCCGCGGGUGUUGGCGGUGGUGUCCCGGCGGGGAGUGCGCUGCCGCCGCCAGCCGCGGAGCCGCAGCUGGACGGCAACAGGACAAUCAUCUCCGACGUCAUCGUCGAGGCCAUGUUCAUCAUCGACAUCGGCCUCAACUUCCGCACUACCUUCGUGAACAAGAAGGGCGAGGUGGUGGCCAAGCCCAAGUCGGUGGCCCUCAACUACCUGCGCGGCUGGUUCAUCGUCGACCUGCUGGCCGCGCUGCCCUUCGACUUGCUCAACGCCGCUGGACUGUACAACAGGGACAACCAGAUGUACCUGCACCUACUGAAGCUGACGCGGCUGCUGCGCCUUGCGCGGCUGCUGCAGAAGAUGGACCGAUACUCGCAGUACAGCGUAGUGGUCCUCACGCUGCUCAUGCUCAUGUUCACGCUCGUCUCGCACUGGCUCGCAUGCAUAUGGUUUGUCAUCGCAGUCCAGGAGAUGGAGUCAUACCCAAACAACAACAUCAGUUGGUUGAACCAGCUUUCCAUGAAGUUGCAAUACGACGUCCUGCGACCCCUCGACAUGGCCGCCACCUACAUCACGGCGCUCUACUUCACCACCAGUUCGCUCACCAGCGUGGGCUUCGGGAACGUAGCGGCCAACACAAACGCCGAGAAGGUGUUCUCCAUCCUGACCAUGCUCAUAGGAGCGCUGAUGCACGCCGUGGUGUUUGGGAACGUGACGGCCAUCAUCCAACGCAUGUACGCGCGGCGGUCGCUGUAUCAGACCAAGCUGCGGGACCUGAAGGACUUCUUCCGGCUCCAUCAGCUCCCCAAGCAGCUGCGGCAGCGCAUGAUGGACUUCUUCCAGACCACCUGGUCGCUCAACAACGGCAUCGACCCGAGCGACGUGCUCCGCGAAUUCCCCGACGAGCUACUCGGCGACGUGUCCAUGCACCUGCACAAGGAGAUCCUCUCGUUGCCCAUCUUCGAGCCGGCGCCGCAGGGGUGCCUCAAGCUCCUCUCGCGACACGUGCGCAGCAACUUCUGCGCACCCGGCGAGUACCUGGUGCACAAGGGGGACGCCCUCUCCUACAUACACCUCGUCUGCAACGGAUCCAUGGAGGUGCUCCAGGAGAGCAUGGUCGUCGCCAUCUUAGGCAAGGGGGACCUUGUGGGCAGCGACAUUUCAUUGACGGCCGGUACAGAGACCGUCAUGAAGUCAAGCAGCGACGUCAAGGCCCUGACCUACUGCGACCUCAAGUGCCUUUUCAUCCCGGGUCUGCUCGAAGUGCUCAAGCUAUACCCGGAGUUCGCGGAAAGCUUCUGCCACGACAUCGUGCACGACCUCACCUACAACCUGAGGGAAGGCUACGAGAACGAGGCGGAAGAGACAAACGGCGUGUGCUCACUAACCCUGCCGUCGAUAUCUGAAGACGACGAGGAGACGGGCAGCGACGAGACGGCGCCGGGCUCUCCCGUGUCCAACGGCCAGGAGACCGGCGCCAAGCUCAAGGAGGACUCGUGGGAGCCUCCCGCGACCACCGUACCUAGCCGCACGCCUGCGCCGCAGGCGCCUCAGGUGCCCGUGGCUGGCCGCACCGAAGCGGCGCCUUUCGCCAGGCGCACGUCGGCCCUCAGCUCGCCCUUCCGCACGCCCACGUCCGUAGCCAUGGAAAAGCUGCGACCCGUCGCCACAUUGCCGCAUCUAGGCCGCUCCGUGGAGCUAUUCGAGCUUCGCGACGAGAUGGAGCAGCUCCGGGGCAGCGUGGAGCGGCUGGACGCGCAGCUCAAGAGCGUCUCCCAAGACGUGGGCGGCCUGACGCAGGAGCUGCGCGCCAGCGCCCGUCUCCUUCAGCAGCUGUGCAGCGGGUGCGCACAGCUAGCGACGCGGUCGCCCGGCACGCCGCCGCCCGGAGGCGUCAAGCUGCCGCCGACGCAGCAACAGCAGCAGCAUCAGACGCCGCUGGGGUCGCCCAACGGCCUGCUGCAGAGCCCGCCGCCUUUCAGCGCGACGACGCCGCAGUCUCAACUGCGCGUGUCGCAUCAGGGCUCCCAGACGGACUGCAGCCUUUUGGAAGAGAUGCUCAUCAAGAUGGCCGACUCGGGCUCGCCUCCCCCGAACUCGGGCUACUCCUCGGGCUCGUCCAACGAGGAGAGGGUCAAGUUCAUCAUCGGGCAUCCGUCGCCGCGCCGCUGUAUCGCUUCGUCGUCAGAGGACAGUGCCCUGCUCAGUGUGUCCAGGGACCAUCUCGUGCCGUCGGCCACUCUGUCCUCGCGCUCUUGGCAAGUGUCCACCGAAUUCUCGGAGGUGCCGGCGUCGCCCGGGAGGCCCGACCACGUCAUCGAUGUGGAAGAAUCCCUGCGCCGGAGGCUCUCGACGGAACUGUAGCCAGUGUAUCCGAUCGCAUAGCUGUCCUUCACCACCCGUCCAGCUCUAGUCAGUGGGGAACCGCGCCUUCGUGGAGGGCCCCGGCUGCUCUUUCGCGGCCCCUCUCAGACGAGUCUGACUGGCUUGCAUCGUUUCUCGAGAGAUUCUGUCGGGGAAACAAUCAACCAGACCACACUCGGAGAAGAUCUCAGCGCUGCACAGCGCAGGACGUGUAGCCCCCCUGCGGGCUGCCGUAUAACAUUUUUUCAGUAGCGGCGUUGCUUUAACCUUAGAUGCAGACCACGCGCCUUGCGCUUCGUUCCAGUUCCAGCAAGAGAGAAAAAGUGCGACAUCGCACGAGUUUCAUGGCAUCGCGGAGUUUUCGCGACGUUCAGCCCCGCUGCACUUACUAGCACCAGGACAACAGCUCACCUCCAAGAGCAUCACUGCUGCUUCCCGCAAGAGACCAAAGCGACCCUAUGGCGCAUUUGCAAUUAUUUUCUCGGCACCACCAGAGGACGCUUUCAUUGACAUAAAGUCUUUUUUUUUCCUUGUUAUCAUUGCAACAUUGCUGGCACAGCUCAGGCACGCCGAAGCAGGGAGUGUCGAUGCGCCGUCUUUGUUUUGCGCUGCAGCUAGCGAAAGAGUUCCACCCUUGUUCCAGUAUUAACAGCACACUUGCUCAUUUCAUCGCACGGCGAACUGCGUCACGAUCGCGAUGGCAAGACCGGAGCGCUGGGCCUCUCAAGUCCCCGCGGUGACUUCAGUGUGCGCGUGUGCUCUGUGCGUCUCAAGCGCGGCCGAUACCCCCGUAGGGAGCUCUUCGAACGCUUGUUUUGCUUCAUGCUGCGAUCAAGGCUGCUUCCAUCGCUGACGUUUCUGCGUAGAGCAUCGCACCCACGCUGCGCUUCGGGCUGCGUACGGCACGGGCCUCACGUUCGAGGUCUUCACCUGCCUGCUCCUACGCCAUAUAGACUGCUGUGAACUCCCCGCUCCAUGCAUGGCCCUGCUGUAAAUAACCGCAACAGAGUUGCAGAGGGAAAGAGACAUUGGAGAGAAAAGACUUCCACGGACUUGCCCGCUUCGUUCUAUUCACCCUGUGUCUGCCGUAGGGGCAGAUUUCCAGUCUUCUUUCGCAUAUGCAGUUGAGUGAAAUUAUCGCGUAAGCCGGCAUGUAACGCUGGCAGUCAGCAAUAUACUGGGUCGGUCACAGAAGAAGUGUCGUUUUUUGUAAUAUGCAAAUCGAGUGUUCUUUUUCUUUCCCUCCUUUUGUGCUGCGUUCGUGUGCUUUUGCAAACGUCUGCUCUUGUACCCGCUUUCUUUGGCAUCGUUACGCUUGGCACAUGUGGCUUGACAUUUUUUUCAGGAACUCAAUCUGUAAAACGAAGCUUCGACGACACCCCCGUACUGUUAGAUGGCUGUUAUUACGUAGCAUUGGCACUGCGGCAACAAAACGUGGAAACGGCACCAUCAUAGAAAAUGGUGAAUAGAAUGCAAAAUUCUUGCUUUCCGACGUGGCACCCGUGCUGGUACUUGGUUUCUGGCCUCACAAAUAGCUGUUAUACCAAGAAAGCAGAAUUUAAAGUGGGCGUACACCUGAGCAUACAUUUCACAAUUGAACCGAACAGCCCAUGACGUCUGAAAACGGCUCUGCUCAAACUAUCAGUAGUUCAGCAAUUUGUCCAGAAUUGUCUACUAGUACUGCCAGUCGCUGGAAAUACUGAGGAAAACUUCAGAUAUACACCCACAUACUCUUAGUGAAGAGCCUUUGGCCUACUAUUCGCGUCAUAUCUUGAGCGCGGUAGAUGAUCAAGCAUAAGACUAGCGUGUUGUUAACUAUCAUAAGAUGCAUUACCGGACUUAGUAUCAAUGAUGGAUUCUGAUGAGCAUAGCUGAAGAAAGCGUGGUUACUGAAGCCGAGUUUCUCCUGGAUAUUCGCAAUGCUGUCCCUCGAAAAGAAUUCACUGAACUAAAAAGAAUAAGUCAUAGCGUCAGCAGACGAAGCGUUCAAUAAUUGAUUUCAGAGCAAUGUCUCACGUUAUAUCGCUUCGCGUGUAUGUUUGCGUGUACGACCUGCGUUUCUAAAGUGCUCAGGGUGUAGUUCAUUACCAAAAACCCUAACAUGUAGUUGCAACGCGAAUAUGCAGACGUAUAAGUUCCAACGCAAGAAAUAAAAUAAGCUAAUUCUUUCUUGUAAUGCUUACGUCAAUGAACCAUUAUGUCCCGAAUUUCAAAAUAUGUACAUCCAACAGAAAUGCGAGAUAUCUAAAUGAGAAUACCACAUUGAACGUCAGGAAUCUAAUAUCCGAACAUCACACAUCUGUUACUACGUCUUCCUAUAUCACUAAUUUCUCGAGCAUGUGUUCUUCUGCCACUUUCAAACUCUACUCCGCCUCGUACUUCACGCAACAAAAAGUACAUUUCUCUAGCAGUUCUUUGUGUUUUCAAUAAGUAUUUUUAAAGAGUGUGACUUUCAAAAUAUUUCGCAAUGUAGAACAUUUAGGUGGAGGCACUGACGGAAUUGUGUUAUUUUUCCUUUGAUAGAGCGGCACCUCACGGUUCUGACAAUGGCUUGUUACGUUUAGGCAUUAUAUUCAUAACACAAGAGUACCCGGCGGCGUAUCUCACAAUGCUGACUAGCUAGUGUCGUAUUAUUUAUGAUACAAAACGCGAUAUAAUACAACAUUUAGGAUUCGUUUCUUGCAAUGAAAAGAACACUCGCUCAUUCACACGAGUUCUGCCCAGUCAGAGACAUCAAGAGGCAUUAUUCCGAGACAUCAAAGCAGCAAACAGCAAACCAUCGAUUGCUCAGCUUUCUUCGAUUCCACGCACCCCCUUUCCUCCCCCUCCCCGCCCCCCUCUCCCCGCUUUUCAACCCUGUUCUCUUUUAUGUUCAGUCAAACUACAUAGUCUCACAUGGUGGAACAAUGUGUGAGCCAAAUAAUUCAGACCUAUCGUCACUACACUGAAUAAAAUUUUACCUUCAGGUGCACCGCGAUGCAGAUCAUCGUGUUUUACAGCACGACACGUAGCUGCCAGAUAACGUUUCGUAUUUCAAGAAGCAGUACUUACUUACGAACUUACGUAAGCGCAUUACUAUUUUUUCAUUUGUUUUCGAGCGUUUGCUACUAGAGAAUUGUUUGUGCAUUUCGACUUACAAGAGCACGCUCAUGCAAGCCGGGACAGCAAAUUUCAGGGCUGCCUCGAAGGGGAUACUGCCAGCGAGAAUAGAUUUUGUUUGCCAUCAUUACUCUUCAACAGUUCAUACCGGGCUAACUAUAGAAACUUUUCACAACGCAGUACCUACGAGUAACAGCAAAACCUUAUAUAACUCGCGUAGUCAAUCAUGAUUGCAGUGCGUCAUUCUAUUUGCCCGCAUUGAAUGUUCAAACCUAGGUUACCUUUGGUCACACCUUUGCAACCUAGUUUACACAUUUAUAUAUAUAAUACAGCAAACGUUUUCUCGCAGGUAGGCACAACACUCGAUGAAGCAGCUUGUGUCUGACCUUCAUCUCGGACCUCAAAAAGUAAAAAGGAAUGAACAACACAGUCAUUGCCCUCCAUACAAUGCCACACACUGCUAUUAGAACAGACAUUCAUGUUCAGGCGUAAAAUGUUCUAAUUUCACUUUGUUCACUCUGGCGGGAGAGAUGUAUUCCUUAAUGACUAGAAACAUGACGCAGCACCGAAUCGUGCCUGUAAAUGAAUGUCCCUCGUUAAUAUUGGCAGGCCCACACCACCACGGUGCACCGAUAGACAAUCAGCCUUGAAUGCAAGACGGAUAAAAAAAAGAAAUUAAUUACUUUCAAGAUGGAGUAAAUGCUCGACAUGCGAGAGACUGGCAACAUUGAAGAAGUUCUGUUCGGUCGCUUUGUUUCGUUAAUCAAACCGAGGACAGCUUUACCUUAGCAGUAUUUUGGACCAGGCUAAGAGAAAUCUACAGUGCGUUGCAAAAGUUUCAAAGCUACUGCACAGAUGGCGAAAGCUACCGAUUUCUAUUAAAAGCUCAUAGAGUAAAGACAAUGACCGUUCUUCAUAUAAUUAUUUGCUUCACUUCCGUUUUUAUUUCACAUACAGUCAGUAAGUAUAAUAUCAGAUAUAAACUAAUAAAUAUAAGUGCACAACCUACAUAUAAGCAGUCUGUGGCACUGUGCUUUUAAUAAGGUAUCGUACACCGGAUGUACACAAGGUGCCUGGAACUCCGAUGCCACGUGCAUCAAACCAAAAGUAUUUCCACUCAAAGAUUAAGAUCCCUUUAAAUAGCCAUACACAAACUUCGUCCGUGUGAGUGGACAACUCCGAUUAAGAACGCAAUGGGUUCGAAACUUUUGUCAAACACUGUACGUGAUAAGAAAUGAAGUGCUGGCCUUUUCAGUUCAUCGGGCCUCUUGUUGACAGCAUAAAUCCGGGCCAGCCUCCGACGCGAUUCUUUAACUAGCCUUGUCAUGGUAGGCAAAUGAUAACCAUACUAGUGGCUUCCAAACGUUAGAACAUGGAACAGAACGUGAGACAGCUCGUGCAGCCGUCGCAGAAACGUUGGAGCCUAAACAGCCUUGCGCUUUGAGUACACUAGAGACUAGUCGCGCGUAUAUUCGACGGCCUUUUUUGUUUCGUUGUUUACUAGCACAUUUUCAGUGUUUAUUUUGUUCCCUGGGAGUUGCAAUUUUCCCGACAUGCGCAACAACACUGUGACGAGUUAAUCUAAAUGGUCUUCGAGUAAAUGGAUACAACAUUCUUCCAAUCCUCCCUUUCACCCCUUCUUUUCAUACGUCCUUCUCUAACGUCGACGGCAAACAUAUUAUGCGCAGCUUAUUCUGAAAACCGCUAUUCUUAUCACUGCUGCAUCGUGAUCGCUUAAAUUUAGAUUAAACUACGUUUCCUUUCUGCCGAGGACGAUGCCACACGGUGGAAUGUCAUGCGCAGAGACACAGCUUGGUAAAGUGCUUGUGACAGUGUGCGUAAGAGUAGGCAACUAGCUGCUGUGAAGUCAUGGAUUUUCUUGAAGAUACUGUCUUUCUUAUACGCACUUGCGCCGUACUCAGCGGUUCCAGGUGCAACGUAGAUUAAAGCAAAGACCACGGGGGUCCCCUCUCGCGAACGAGAAGCUACCGAAUGAAUUUUGAUUCUUGAAACGUAGAAGGCGCUUUCUGUCAACGUGCAGUCGCAGUCAUGGCCUUUAUUUCGGCACAGCUUAGUACCUUGUUAAUGAUCUUUACAAUAUGCGUGAAAGCGUGAGGCCGCUUUGUUGAAUACGUGACGUGCGCGAGGUGUACAACGCGUCUCAACAACGGUACACGGUCAGUGAUACCCGCAAUAAAACGUAGUUCGGUCCUCAAGCUCACCUACAAGACUUGACUGUAGAGCUCUCGUGAGACGGACCCUAAACGUUGUCAUUGGGCGCCAUGUGGUGCGACACAAAGAAGUGUGUAAAAAAGAACUGUAUACUUGAAUGCACGGCGACGGAGCGCGUACCGAGAAACGCAUGCAUACUAUAUACGUCUGAUACGAGUGGCAAGAGUUGAAGACCUGCGUGCCUACAUGUUGGAAAGUAUUGGAAUGCUGGAAGUAUACGUGAGUGACAUAACAAGACGUGGAAUGUUCUUCUUGCUUAUACUCAUGCUUCUCACUUUAUUCCUUUCGGCCACGAUGUCACAACCUGUCGAACGUUGUUUCUCUAGAUCUUUAUUUUCAACGCCGUCCUAUCAUACCUUCUUUCCCUGUGUACAUAGACUGUCCGUUUUUCCUCGUCACUUAUGUACAACUCUAAAAAUCUACACACAGCCCUCACGAUCCACGUUCGAGAGCACAUUUUCUUUGAUUUUCUUUCUCAUGACUCUUCUACUUAGUGUUACCGUUGCCUCUUUCUUCUUCUCCUUCAUCUUACUCUUUCAUGACGGACGAGCGGCGCCGGAGGAGCACCACAUUGCAGACGAUUUGUACGCGUCGGUUUAUCUUGCGAAUAAAACGUUCGAGAAACCGCUGUG